ACAAACGAGGUCACCAUGGGUUAUCCAAUCAGAUUUGACGAUAUUGACUGGCCCUUUAUUGACAGGGAGAGAAGGUGACUUCUCGGCUAAAGGAGAAGUCCCUUCGAUUAUAUUUAAUAUAAAGUCAAUUUAAAGGCUGGCUAGAGUAAACUGACCACCAUGACUUCUUUUGGGAGGGCGUUAGGAAUCCUCCGCGCGGGAUCUCGGUUGCUAAAGCAAAGCCCGGGAAGAAUAACGAGCAGAAAAGCUAGCGGCGGACCACACAUCGAGCCGCAGUACAGACAGUAUCCCCAACUGACGAAGAACCAGAAGUUUCAAGCGGAGCUCAUCAGUGGAGCCAUGUGGUUCUGGAUCCUGUGGCACUGCUGGCACGAUCCGGAUGCAGUUUUGGGUCACUUCCCCUGGCCUGAUGCCUCUCAGUGGACAGACGAGGAGCUCGGUAUCCCGCCUGAUGAUGAAUGAGAUCUAUGGAAAGGAUUCAAGCCGUUCGGCUCAUCUGUGGAGAAAUCUUCAAGGUUUCCUGAAAGUCGUUGUACAUAGACGAAUAAAGUUAUAUAAAUUAAUCUG